AUGGGCUACCCCGAUACCUUCCAAGGCUUCUGCGUCGACGGGCCAACAACAUGGAACACGUUCCAUAAAUCAGAACUCAAGCCAAAGCCAUUCGGCGACCACGACGUCGACGUCGAAAUCGCCGCCUGCAGCAUCUGCAGCUCCGACCUUCACACCGUCACCGGCGGCUGGGGCGACUACAAAGGCCCCCUCUGCGUCGGCCACGAAGUCGUCGGCAAAGCCGUCCAGGUCGGCCAGCACGUCAAGCACCUCAAAGUCGGCGACCGCGUCGGCGUCGGCGCCCAAGUCUGGGCCUGCCUCGAGUGCCACCUCUGCAAGGACAAGAACGAGAACUACUGCCCCAAGCUCGUGGACACGUACAACGCCCAGUAUCCCGACGGCAGCUGGGCGCACGGCGGGCUCGCCUCGCACAUCCGGGCCCACGAGUACUUCACCUUCAAGAUACCCGACGCGCUCGACACCAACGUCGCGGCGCCACUGCUCUGCGCCGGCAUCACGACGUACUCGCCCAUGGUGCGCGCCCACGUCGGCCCCGGCAAGCGCGUCGGCGUCGUGGGCAUCGGCGGCCUGGGCCAUCUCGCUGUGCAAUGGGCCGCGGCUCUCGGCGCCGAGACGUACGCGCUCUCGCAUUCUCCUGGCAAGAAGGACGACGGCAGGCAGCUCGGCGCCAAGGAGGUCAUUCUCACGACGGAAAAGGGGUGGAAUGAGCCGUGGAAGGCGACGUUUGACUUUGUCAUGAAUUGCGCCGAUGCCACGGACAGGUUUGACAUGGCGGCGUACUUGUCGAUUCUUAAGCCCGGGGCCGACUUUCACAUGGUUGGCCUUCCGGACAAGGCGCUCCCGGAGAUGACGGCGGGUUUGUUUGCCGGCGGGGCGCCCAAGUUGACGGGGAGCCAUCUUGGUAAUCACCAGGAGAUGGAGGCGCUUCUUGAACUUGCUGCUGAGAAGGGCGUCAAGCCUUGGGUCGAGCUGAUGCCUAUUUCGGAGAAGAAUUGCGGAGAGGCGUUUCAGGGACAAAAGGAUAACAAGUUUAGGUACCGAUGCACUCUUACGGAUUUUGACAAGGCGUUUCCAAAGGCAUAA